CACCAUUUCCGUUCGUUAUCCAUUGUAACGCCCGAAAGCGAGGAUCGUUCGCCAUUAUUAUAUACCGACGCCACGAAAAAUCGUUCUUUCGAUUUCGAUUUUUAUCUCAGGUUUUUCUUUUCUUGACCAGUUUCCAGUUUGGAAUUAAAAAUGAGUGACAUUGAAAGAAGUGGUAGUCGAAGUUCAAGUCCACGCCGACCACGUACUGCAGAUGGAGGAUUAAGAGACUCGCGGUCACAUUCAAGGUCACGCAAAUCUCGUGAACGGAAAGAAUCACACAGGGCAGUUAAAGAAUACUCUAGAUCAAGGAGUCGUUCUCUUUCGCGUAGCCGAAAGUCUUACCGGAGUAACAAAUACGCUAGUGCUGGGCAUCGUGGAAGCAGUCGCAGUCGCAGUCGUUCUCUUUAUAGAGGCGGUAGAUACUCUCGCAGCAGAUCUCGAUCAUACUCACGUUCCCGCUAUUCUCGAGAACGUGACAGGAAUAUCUAUCGCUCACAUUCUCGAAGCCCAAUGUCAACAAGAAGACGUCAUGUUGGUAACAGAGACAAUCCUUCUCCUUCUCGAUGUUUAGGUGUAUUUGGGCUUUCCAUAUUUACUACAGAACAACAAAUUCAUCACAUCUUCUCAAAGCAUGGUCCAGUUGAAAGUGUACAAAUUGUUAUUGAUGCUAAGACAGGACGAUCCAAAGGAUUUUGCUUUGUGUAUUAUGAAUCAUCCGAGGAUGCUAAAGUAGCAAAAGAACAAUGCACAGGAAUGGAAAUUGACGGACGACGAAUAAGAGUAGACUAUUCUAUCACACAAAGAGCCCACACACCUACACCUGGUAUUUAUAUGGGAAAACCGACGCAUCUACCUGACCGAGGAUGGGAUGGACCAAGACGUAGAGAGAGCAGUUACAGAGGAAGCUAUCGCCGUUCUCCAAGUCCAUAUUACAGCCGACGACGAUCACGUUAUGACAGGUCUAGAUCACGCUCCUAUUCUCCACAUUCAUAUUUCCGUAGACCGCUUAUAUUCAGUCCAAAGUAUAAGAUGAAAUAAGAAUCUACGUAAAUUAUCAAGAAUCGAUGGCAGACGCAUCAAGAAAUGCAUCGAAUAAAUCGUACGGUAGUAACUAAGUGCACCCUGUACCCUGGGUCGAACAAUCAUGGUUUUUGUUGCUUAAUGAAUUUCAGGUCGAUAUUAAGUGACCGAGUGUGAUGCGAGAGGCCAGGUGUUUGGGAGCCAUUUGUGUGACUUGACCCUAUGACCCCAAAUUUCUUCUAACUAUACCGUACCGGGUCAAAAAUGCAAACGCUACAUUCUUACUGCUGUUCUUACCUUACCUAUUUCUGCAUUAUACGCGAUUAAAUAUAUAACAUUUACGUUAUAUUAUACAAUAUCAAUUAAUGAGAUAACAUUUAAUAUGCAAAGGAGUCUAGCAUAUUCUUUGCAUGAAACAGUAAGGUUGGAAUGGACACAAUAGUUAAUUUUCUUUUUCGAUAAUAUUAUGAAGAAUAGGUUUAAGUUACUCAUACUAUAAUUAUCAUGUGAAGGUUGGAAUAUGAUUGAGUUAUGAAUUUAAUUUGAAUAUUUAAUAAUUUGCUUAAAGUUGUAUUCCAGCCGUUGGACACUAGAUACCACUCUCUAACUACUAAACAUGGUAGAAAUCGGGAAAUCUGGUAUUCCUAUCCGUUUAUGAAACAAAAAAAAACAAAAAACAAAACAAAAAAAAGCAAAAAAAAUACAAAAACAAAAAAAUAAACCUGAAAAUAGAAGUAAGGUCUCUAACCUGUUUGUUUGUUUAUAAGGUUUUGAAUCAAGAGGUAUUGGAUGAUAGAGGGAAGUUUGAAGUUUCACUCUGAAAAAAUGAAAGUUUUGAAAAAUUGAAGACAAGAUUUCUGAAGAUGUUUGUCUUGCUCGCAUUUCAAGAUAUGAAGGUUUUUCGCGCAUGUGACAAAGAAUAUGAUCCGAAUCGCAUUCAUUUCCGGCUGAGAAGUCUCAAGCCUAGAAGAUCAGCAAGUACUAUAAAGCAAGCCUCAAGAGUCAGAAUCGUUGGCCCCCGACCUGGACAAAUCAGUGGUUGGGGGUGAAACUGGCUGAACGUUUCAGAAAAUGUUCAGGAAGCAUCGAAAUCUUUUCUAAAUAGGGAAGAGCGUAAGGUGCUCCAAGGUUUAUACUGAUCAUAUUCUUUCUCAGUUGAUUUGAUUUACAAUACAAUAUUCGCUAUUAGAUUCUCCUGAAAUAAAUAAAAUGUUUAUACCUCCAUCCAUCCCAUCCCUCCACCAUCCUAAAACCUCCAUCUCCACGAAGGCAAAUUUUUUGAUUUUAUACGCAGAUAAAACAUUAAAUAUAAAUUGAAAAAUUAAUAAAUAUGAAUUUUUAUAUAUAUAUGUACCUAUGAUUUGCUAUGUCUUUAAUUUUUUUUCGUUGCCAUGAUUAAUUUGAAAAAAGACAAUUUUCUGUAAAAAAAAAAAAGAAAGAAAGAAAAAGUUUUUUUUUUUUAAUUACUUAACGUCGCAUAGACCGCUUCUAUCGAUUAUUAGCAAAGUAGGAAGCAAAGUUUAUAGUUUAUUAUGCGGUUUGGUGUGCUUUAGGUAAUGUAAAUGACCUUUUUGUAGGUUCUAUGUUCUUUAAGAUUAUUCUUAUGUUUAAGUUCUGUUUAUAAAAGAAGUAUCUUCAGCAAUACAAGAUAAUAUGUUUCAA